GUCAGCCAAUCGAAAUCGAGGAUGAGGAAAUGCUCGAAUCGAAGCAUGUAGUUCGAGCGAUUAGAAGCGUCGCCACUAGCGAUUGUUUUCUGUGCGAGCGACCAUUGACGAUUGAAAAAGGAGCAUCGAGACGGAUUCCGCCAAAAAUGAAUUCCGGCGUGGUGGACAGCACAAGGUUCGACGAGGACUUCCUGGAAAAUUCCGAAGAAUUUUCACCAUCCGAAAGCAAGAUAUUACGUUUGGACGAUGGUUGCAACAACAAUUUAAAUGGCAUUCUAAACGAGAAACCUGUAAGCAACGAGAGGUGGUCUUAUUCGGGCGAUGGCUCGCUGGUGGAACCAGAAAUCUUGGCGGACAUGGGUGUUGGCAUGCUGGAAGACGAAGCAUCUUGCGACAGAACAAAAAUAUCUCAGUCGUCGAAACAUUCUGUUUCACCCGUCGAUUCGCUUGCCGAUAAAUGCUAUGGGAAAGACGGCAACUAUCGCCUGGAUGAAAAUAUUUACGGAGACACCUGUUUCAAAGCCGGCGGAGUAGCCGAUAGACUAGAACAAGAUUCGUACGAGUUGGACAAACUGGUCGCUUAUUCGACCAUGGGAAACGAAUCUGGUUACUCUUCUAGGAUAGAAAUAGACAAUUUUGUAGAUGCGAAAGAAACCUUCUGUAAAAACAGUUUAAACGCAUCUUCCGAAAGGUGUAAUCUCGAACAAUUCUACCUCUCUCGAAGAAAAAAGAAGCCCUUCGUCGUUGGGGAAGAUAAAUUUAACAAAUUGUCGGAUGAAAUGAUUUUGAUGAUUUUGAAAUGGCUUCCCAAGAAAUGUUUGGUGCGUUCUAUGUUAGUGUGUAAACGAUGGUGCCAAAUAGCACGGGACGAAGCAUUGUGGAGCAGAUUGGAUUUAGGUGGUAAAGUGUUGAGCGAAGGCACGUUGGGGCACAUUCUACCCCGUGGCGUGCAAAUACUUCGACUUGCUCAAGCGGAAAUCGCGGAUCCGGUGUUCCUCGAAAACAGCGAAGUUCUCAUCGAUGGAUAUGUCAGCAAAUUACAAUAUUUGGAUCUUUCGAUGGCAGUCGUUUCUCCGAGUGGGCUGGCUAUCCUCUUAGCCAGGUGUAAACAUUUAAAGAAAUUAUCGCUAGAAAAAUGUAUAUUAAACAGAUCGUGUUGCAAAGCUAUUAGUGAAAACGGUGAUCUAGAAGCUUUGAAUUUAACGAUGUGCGAGGGUAUGGACAUUGAAUGUGUCAGGAAUUUAAUGAAACUUAAACGCUUGAAUGCUGUUAAUAUGGCUUGGUGCAGCUUAGACACGGAAUCGAUGACGUUACUUUGUAAAUCGCUACCUUCGUCCGUUACACGAUUAAAUAUAGCUGGAUGCAGGAAAACGAUGACCGACGACAGUAUCAGGGAUUUAGUGAAAAGUUGCCCGGAUAUAGUGGAAUUGGAUCUGAGCGAUUGUACGAUGCUCACAAUGAACACCGUCCGUAACUUACUAGAGUUAACCAGAAUAGAACAUUUAUCGUUGAGUCGGUGCUAUGGUAUACCGCCCUCGACCUACCAAAAGUUAUCGUACAUGCCCUCUUUGUUGUAUUUGGAUAUUUUUGGUUUAAUGUCGGAACAAAUACUGAAAAAUUUACAACUUGGCUGUGGCGAAACUCAACUGAACAAGUUUCUGUAUAGUUCCGUUGCGCGACCGACGGUCGGUGUCCGUAGAACAAGUAUAUGGGGACUCCGUGUUAGAGAUUGAAACGUCUACGGUUUAGCAUUUUCUUUGUAAAAAUGUAACAGGCUGACCAAGACAAGUAUAAUAGACCAAAGUGAAAUUGGUAGACUGUAUGUAAUGUUGUGCCUUUAAAGUGUCUUUUCAUCGAGAGACUGAUGAUUUUACGGCACUACCGAAACGAACCUACUAUAAUUCAACGAGCACUUUGUACGAUAUAUUUUAGUCUUUCCUCUUUAAGUCGAAGACAUUAUAAUCGCAUAUAGAAUUGUGCUGGAGGGAGAAGCAUGCUCAAGCCAUAGAACCUCGGUACCUAGUACUUUGUCUCUGAUCGUAUUAAUAGUUUAUUUUGCGGCUUUUUGUCUGCCCAGUUGUGAAAAACGAUUAGGUAUAUAAAGAAAACUUGUAUUUUCUUUUCAUUAAGAUUUGAAGAAAAACUCGCUUUCGACUGAAUACAGCUAAUACACGUUCACAACGCGUAGUUUGUUUUAACGUUGAUUGAUUUAGCAUAGAUAUAUUAUGAAAAAUGGUAAUUGUGAGAUUCUAUGAAACUGAAAUUACCAACUACUAUUACUAUUAUACCUAAACAAUCUUUUUUAUUUUUUGCGAAAUUGCUUAUUUCUUAAUUAUAUUUUAAUUUAACCUAUCAGGAUUCAAAGAAAUUCCGUUGUAAUAUUGUAAAAAGUGUCUGUUAACCAAACAAUGAAUCAAAGUGUUUAAUAAAUAACAGUAACAAAAAUUGUACAUUUAUUAAACCUUUCGAGAAUACAAUAGAAAAGGUUUGAAAUAUAGUAGUGAAAUCACUGUGACGUUCGAUCUCUAUAUGGAUCAUUUGGAAACACAACCGUAUAAGUUGAAUUAUUCGAAACCAAAACAUAACCAAAGUAUUUAAUUAAAGUAGUUACAACUAA